UUUAACGUUAUGACACCACCCCUUUACUGCAGACGGAGUCGUGCAGGAGGGCUCGGUUGUAAACAAAUAGCUAAUCCACUUGAACGUUUUCAGAAAACCGGAUUUUCAUGUAUGAAUGGAAAGCAUAGAUCGCGUCUGGGUCGUCGACAGAGAACAUCACAGGGUACCGCGUCUUAAUCGGGUCGUUAAUCGUUUAUCAAUGCCGUUCAACACAUCGCCACCGUUGAUGUCAGGCGAAGCGUUAUCCUAACCCCUAUGAAAUUCACGUUAACGAUGGCGACACCUGCAGAACAGGACCUUGUGUUGACAGAAGCGGAGAACACUAAAGAGAGAUCGCAAGGGUUUGGUAUCCUCAGAUUGCAGGAGGAUAAAUCCGCCGGUGAGAAAGCCGCCGUCAGGUCCGGAGACGGGAGAUGGCAGGCGCCCAUAUUCGCUUUAGCCAGAAAAGCGUCAGAAACCUUCUCGGGCGGCAUUCACGUUCUGCCCAAAGUGACUGAACCCAAAACAUCGCCUUUUGUCGAGGAAUGGGGUGCCAAGGCUUGCCGUGAUCCUAUGGCAAUGGAACGGGCAAACUUGUUAAACAUGGCUAAGCUCAGCAUCAAAGGUUUGAUUGAAUCAGCUCUCAGCUUCGGUCGAACUCUGGACUCUGACUAUCCACCUCUGCAACAGUUCUUUGUUGUCAUGGAACACUGCCUAAAGCAUGGGCUUAAAGCGAAGAAAUCGUUUCUUGGAUACAACAAGUCAUUGUGGGGGCCUCUGGAGAUGGUUGAGAAACUGUGCCCAGAAGCAAGUGAAAUCGCAGCCAGUGUGCGAGACCUUCCGGGACUAAAGACACCGCUGGGCAGAGCCAGAGCAUGGCUGAGACUGGCACUGAUGCAGAAGAAACUGGCAGAUUACCUACGUCUUCUUAUCACCAGAAAAGACAUACUUAGUGAGUUCUAUGAGAACUCGGCAGUGAUGCUGGAAGAGGAAGGGGCCGUCAUCGUUGGCCUCCUGGUGGGGCUUAACGUCAUAGAUGCCAAUUUAUGUGUGAAGGGCGAGGACCUCGAUACACAAGUUGGUGUAAUAGAUUUCUCCAUGUACUUGAAGAACGACAUUGAUGACUACAGAAGUGAAGAAAGAAAUGGACAAAUUGCAGCUAUUUUGGAUCAGAAGAACUACGUUGAAGAAUUAAAUAGGCAGCUGAAUUCUACAGUUCAAGGCUUACAGGGACGCGUGGAGUCAUUAGAAAACUCCAACUCCAAAUUAAUUGAAGAGCUGGCUAUAGCAAAGAACAACAUCAUUAAACUACAAGAGGAAAACCAUCAACUCAGAACCGAAAAUUCAGUGAUUCUCAUGAAAGCACAACAAAGUCUUGAGAUUGCAGAGGGAGAUUUAAAUUGUGAACUGGACACAUACAAGCAAUCUAGGCAGGGCCUGGAUGAAAUGUACAAUGAAGCAAGACGGCAACUUAAAGAGGAAUGUCAACUUCGGCAGGAUGUGGAGAACGAGCUGGUUGUGCAGGUGAGCAUGAAACAGGAGAUGGAGAUGGCUAUGAAACUGUUAGAAAAAGACAUCCAUGAAAAACAAGACACUUUGAUUGGACUUCGGCACCAAUUGGAUGAAGUCAAAGUGAUCAAUGUGGAAAUGUACCAAAACAUGCAGUCGUCAGAUGACAGCAUGAGGCAAAAAAAUGACAUGAUUGCACGACUGGAGGAGAAGACGAAUCAAAUAACAGCAACUAUGAAACAGCUGGAGCAAAGAUUGCAGGAUGCAGAGAAGGAACGAGCCAGCGCGGAAGACGGGGUGCGAAAAUUCAAGCAGGACUUCACUAACAAGUCCGACAGUCUCCAAAAGCAGAUAGCCCAGAGAGAGAAGCAAAUGACGCAGCUGGAAACCGAUUUGAAAAUCGAGAGGGAAUGGCGACAGACCUUGCAAAGUGAAUUGGAGAGAGAGCGAGAGACCAUCGCCCAGCUCACUGCUGAGGCUCAGCAGAUCAACGGACUGAAAAAAGAGUUCCACAGGUUGCAGGAUGAGAAUUCGCAGCUGAAGGGAAUCUGUGAGGACCAGGAACAGGCUCUGGAGGAACUGGGCUGUAAACUCAGCGAGUCAAAGUUGAAAAUUGAAGACAUAAAAGAAGCCAACAAGGCCCUGCAGGGUGGCCAGGUCUGGCUAAAGGAUAAAGAUGCUACCCAUUGCAAGCUUUGUGAAAAGGAAUUUUCAAUUUCCAGAAGAAAGCACCACUGCAGGAACUGUGGCGAGAUCUUCUGCAACAUGUGCUCGGACAAUGAGCUGCCACUCCCCGCUUCACCCAAACCCGUGCGCGUCUGCGACACGUGCCACGCUCUGCUGCUACAGCGCUGUUCCUCCAAUGCCACGUAAAACAGAAAUGAUAGCACACCACCACGACGGCCACUAUCAGCUUUAACUCGGACACUGCGCUGGCCUGCAUUGUGUCAAGCUAUGACAAAGUGACCAAAACGGAUGCUGUCUUUUCGUGUUUGAAGUUUACAUUUCAGAGGAACAAGCCUGUUGCCUGUUGCUGGCAGCUCUAUGACAUUUGUGCAGUUUGCCAAUGUUUGUCACUGAGUGCCCAAAGAAAUGAGUUGUAGUUUACAGGUUAUAAAUUAUGACUCUGAAUGUUUUUUUCUGGGCUGGAGACAGAAUUUCAGAUUUUUAUCAUAGCACAACAUCCCCAUCCAUGUUGUAAGCAUACUUUUGAUAUAGUAUAUGAAGGGUGAACAGGAUUCAUACCCGUGUCAAAGUACUCUCAGUUAAUACAGUACAAAUACAAAACUGUGCAAAUACAGUUAUUACAAGUUACUAUAUUCUUGAGAAAUUAUGUUUCUUACAUUCGUUUGUGCCUAUAAAAAGCCAAACUGACAAAGAUGGGCAGAUUUACCAUGCAGAAAUGGAAUGUUACUUGUGUCAAGUGUGUUUGUGCUGAACUUUAUCUCUCAACUAACUUAAAGCACCUAAAAGUUUCAAAUGUGAAGUUUAUGUAUGAAAAUGUUCAUAUGACUAAGCACUAAAGUGGAUAACUUCACUUGUGUGAGUUUGUUGUUGUCUUUUAUAGUACAUGGUACAAAACCUCAAAAACAAGGCAAAAAAAGAUAUUCAAAGCUGUCUGUGAAUAUAAUGUACUGCAA